AUGCAUUAUGGUGGUGCCAUUUUUAUUAAAUAUUCCCUUAUUACCAAUGAGACAGUUGAAGUCUUAGGUUACUACGGCAAUGAUCCUUUAACUUCAUUUACACAGUGGGAUAUUCCAGAAACUUUAACGAUAAUGAAUACUAACUUUGUGCUUGCCCAUCUUCCGUCUGUUGGUUUUCAAAACGUCUUGAUCACAUCAUCAUAUCCAGGAAUAAAUCAAAAAUUAAAUCUUCGGUUUAAAAAUUUUCUAAACAUUACUUAUAGAAAUCCUAUUUCUCAGUCAUCGGAAAACGUUUCCAUUUAUCAAAUCUACAAUAAUGAUACUAAACAAUUACAAUUGAGACAAACUUUUUCAGGGUUAUCCAAUUGCCUGAUUCUUAAUGAUAACAUUACGAUCAGUUGUCCAAUUUUGCCGAGUACUUUUAAUGUUCCCACAGCUUCCUAUAUGAUAGUCGUAGACAAUGGGUUCGUUCAAGACUCAGGUUUGCAAGAACAAAUACGUGGUAUUGGAAAUGGAUUGUGGACUGUUCAAACAGAGUCUCGAGACUCACCAUAUAUUUAUAGCGAACCAAUUACUGGAACUCUACGUCUAUCAGAAGAUGGAACCAUUUAUUAUAAUAAUUUAACAUCUAAUCAAAAAUCAUUAUUUCUCAUGAGUUUACGUGAUGAGCUUGCUUCAAGUAUUCCUACCGAUUCAUCAAGGCUGUUAUUUUCUGGACGUACUAAUAUCGAUCUAACAACUCCAGCUCAACAAAUAUUGUUCGAAUUAAUAAUUUCUGAUACAAAAGAUUUAUUCCAACCAAAUUCCGACCAAAUAAGGACUGAUUUUAAUGCAUUGAUUGAGAAUAAAUAUAUUACUAUACUUUCAACUCUACCUCACACCACCUAUAUUGACGAUAAACACAAAUUUGAAUCAAUACCAAAUUUGUUGAAUGAAUUAUUGAAUCACAAGCAUUGGAUUAUUGGUGUUGGGAUUGUGUCAAUCUUUCUGAUUAUUUUUCCACCAAUUACAACAUGUCCACACAAAAAAAAAUGCCAAUUAAAAGAUGAUUGUGUAAAAUUGCAAGAUGAUGAUUUUUCAGCGAAACAGUGCCGUGCAUCACUUCUUUUCACAUCAUGUUUAAGCUUAUUUCAUCUGUUUUUGAACAUUCUGUUUAUUAUGGAAAAUGCGAAAGAUGUUUCAUAUCUUUAUCUUCCAAGUAUUACCUUUUUCAGUAUUGGCAUUGGCUUGGAUACAAUAUUUGCAUUUGCAAUAUUUACUAGAAAAUUUUCGAAUUAUUAUUUUAAUGAAUGGCUUAUUUUAAAUCUUAAAUGGGCUGCUUUAUUUACCUUGCUAUCUAGUGCUGAUAUUGAAGUUUUACUUCUAUUAAAUUCUCAUCUUGGAGGGUUUGAAAUAUUUAAUGCCCCAUUUACAAAAGAGGCAAGGGAUUACAUCUUUUGGUGCAAGGUUUCAACUAUUUUUAUUAAUAGUAUUCCAUGGUUGAUUAUUCAAGUAAGAUCGGAUGAAGAUGAAAAAAUUAGUGAAGUAAAUAAUGAAGAAAUGAUUAAUUCCAACCAUGAAAUAAAUUAUGUGGAAGAUAAUGAUAGUCAAAAUGUAGGAGUAAACAGUACUAAUAAAGAGGAAAAAAUAGAUGAUACAAAUAGUGGACAUAUAAAUAAUGACAUACAUGAACUUAGUGAGACAAUAGAAGCAACUAAACAAGAUCUUGAAGAAAAUCAAGAUAAACAUGAUACAAUUAAACCUUUAGAUGAUUUACAAGUUUUUAAAUCGAAUGGUGAUUAUACUAGUGAAACAAGUAUCUUUUUAAAUAAAAAUUCCAAAGAAUGA